AUGACGACGGCGACCGCGGCGCGCGCGACGGCGACGCCGACGUCGCGCGCGGACGGCGACGACGGCGGACGCACCGGGUGGACGACCUCGCUCGCGGGGGCGAUCGCGGGGGCGACCGCGCGCGCGUGCGUGGCGCCGCUGGACGUGAUUAAGAUUCGCAUGCAAGUCCAACUGGAGGAAGCGUCGACGGGAAAGUACCGCGGGCUCGCGCACGCGGUGCGAACGAUCGUGCGAGAGGAAGGCGCGCGAGGGAUGUGGGCUGGAACGGCGCCGGCGUUGAUGCUGUGGGUGCCGUACACGGCGAUACAGUUCGCGACGCUGGGGGUGUUUAACGACGCGGCGGCGGCGCGAGAGCGGAGGCGAGGGGAGACGGAGGCGACGCGGUCGCCGUUGGUUGGAUUCGUCGGUGGUGCGGUCGCGGGGACGGUGGCGACGGUGCUGACGUAUCCGUUUGACGUCAUGCGAACGUUGUUGGCGAGUCAGGGACAUCCAAAGGUGUACGAAAAUGUCCUGGACGCCGCGCGCGGGGUGGUGCGCGCGCGAGGCGCGCGCAGAGGUCUGUACGCCGGACUCUCGGUCACGCUCGCGGAGAUUAUUCCGGCGAGUGCGGUGCAGUUCGGCUCGUACGCGGCGUUGAAGACGAGAUUUCCCGACGUCUUCGGGGAGAAUGACUUCGCGUGCGGGUUCGUCGCGGGAACCGCCGCGCGCCUCGUCGUUCAUCCGCUCGACGUCGUCAAGAAGCGCUUCCAAAUCGCCGGAUUCACGCGAAGUCUCGCGUACGGUGCGCGCGUGGACGCCGCUGGGUACGUCAACUUUGCCGCCGCCGUGCGAACGAUCGCGAAGACGGAGGGCGUUCGCGGAUUUUAUAAAGGCUUGACGCCGAGUCUGAUAAAAUCCGCCCCGGCGAGCGCCAUCACUUUCGCCGUGUUCGAAGCCGUGAGCAAAGCGCUCGCGGCGUGA